AUGAACAUUUUCAGAUCUCUCUUCUCCACAUCCUCAAGAAUAUCUCCCGCAAUGGCUUCCCAAAAGGUCCAGUCUCUCAUCGACGAGAACACCGUCAUGGUCUUCUCCAAGUCUUACUGCCCUUACUGCCGCUCUACCAAGCAGCUCCUCGAGAAGUCGGGCGCCAUCUACAAGGCCAUUGAGCUUGACCAGGAAUCCGACGGCAGCGACCUUCAGAAUGCGCUUGAGGGCAUCUCCGGCCAGCGCACCGUUCCCAACAUCUACAUCCAGCAAAAGCACAUUGGUGGCAACUCCGACCUGCAGAGCCUUGCCAACGGCGGCAAGCUCGACAAGCUCCUCCAGGAGAAUGGCGCAGUUAAGGCGUAA